AUGAAAACCGAUGUCCCUAAAGUAGGAUGGUGCAUGCUAGAGGACGCCUUGCAUGAGUCACUGACCAUCAAUAAGUCGGCCAUUUCAAUUUCGACAUCUGUCAAGACUGCACAGGAUCCUGAAACGCCCUUCAUGCAGGCACCUCCGCUCUUGACUGAGCCUCGUGAUGCAGAUGACCUUCUUGCUGGUCCAAAAAGUAUCUCGCCGGACGAUGGUUCUCCUGACUUUGCAGUUCUCAAAGAGUUGAAGAGGACCGAAGAAGAUGAGAGCUUUGACGAAGUUGAAGUGCUCGAGGAAAUGCUUUUGAUUUUAAUGAGUUGAAUCGAGUCGAACAAAGAAUAAUUCCACAGGCUACUCUAGAUGAAGUUAACCGAGGUAGUGAAUUACAAUGGCGAGGAUGACGGAUAGGACGAGGCAUUCGUUUGAUAUCCGAGUCAUCGUUAGGGAUGUAUACGUAGAGUUAUGUCGGUUAUAAUCGGCAGAACUAAC